AUGUCACUUAAAUCUCCUGCCUCAAUACAAGAGUUGGACUCGGCUGAGAAAAUCAACUCAGUCACUGAAAAUGAAUACAUCGAAAGAAUGGAAGCACCAUUGACCUGGAAGACAUAUGUCAUUUGUGGUUUUGGUUCCUUUGCUGGUAUUUUCUACGGUUACGACUCUGGUUACAUUUCUGGUGUCAUGGGUAUGGACUACUUCAUCACAGAGUUCACCGGUAAGGUCAAAGGUGGGCCUGAACCUUUUGUUUUAGACGCAUGGCAAAAGUCUCUUAUUACCUCCAUUCUAUCUGCAGGUACUUUCUUUGGUGCCUUGUUUGCAGGUGACACAUGUGAUUGGUAUGGUAGAAGAACUACAAUUAUCUUUGCAUGUCUUAUUUUUAUUAUUGGUGCUAUUUUACAGACAGCAUCUUCGACUGUUGCUCUUUUGGUUGUCGGUAGAGUUGUUGCCGGUUUAGGUGUUGGUGGUGUUUCAUCAUCUGUUGUCCUUUACAUGUCUGAAAUUACACCAAAGAAGAUUAGAGGUGCCAUUGUCUCUGGUUAUCAGUUUUGUAUUACUAUUGGUUUGUUAAUUGCUUCUUGUGUCGACUAUGGAACAAAGAAUAGAACCGAUUCAGGAUCGUAUAGAAUCCCUAUUGCCUUACAGAUGUUAUGGGCGAUGAUCUUAAUGAUUGGUUUGUUCUUGUUGCCAGAAACCCCUAGAUUUUUUGUGAGAAAAGGUGAUGUUGCUAAGGCUGCUUCUGUCUUGGGAUUUUUAAGACAACAACCAGAAGAUUCGGAUUAUGUUCAAGAGGAAUUGGCAGAAAUCAUCGAAAGUCAUGAAAGAGAAUCGGCAUUGAUUCCAACACGUUCCUACAUCCAAUCAUGGACCGCUUGUUUUACCGGUUCGCUAAGAGAUCAAUCGUCCAAUUUAAGGAGAACCAUCUUGGGUACCUCAUUACAAAUGAUGCAACAAUGCACAGGUAUCAAUUUCAUCUUCUACUUUGGUACCACCUUCUUCCAAGAGCUUGGUACUAUUAAAAACGAGUUUUUGAUUUCUAUUAUUACGUCCCUAGUCAAUGUUUGUUCAACGCCAAUUUCUUUCUACUUGGUGGAAAAAUUAGGUAGAAGACCUCUAUUGAUUUAUGGUGCGGCUGGUAUGGUUGUUUGUGAGUUUAUUGUUGCAAUUGCAGGUACAGUUGACGGCGGUAAUCCACAGACCGUGUCUGCCAUGAUUGCUUUUAUUUGUUUCUACAUCUCCUUCUUUGCCUCUACGUGGGGUCCAGGUGCAUGGGUUGUCACUGGUGAAAUUUUCCCGUUACCCAUCAGAUCCAGAGCAGUGGGUUUGUCCACCGCUUCCAACUGGUUAUGGAACUGUAUCAUCUCCGUCAUCACACCAUACAUGGUUGGUGAAGACAAGGGUAAUUUGGGUGCAAAGGUUUUCUUCAUUUGGGGCUCUCUAUGUGCCUGUGGAUUUGUCUACGCCAUUAUGCUAAUUCCAGAAACUAAAGGUUUGACUUUAGAACAAGUUGACCUUAUGUUACAAGAGACCAAUGCAUUUACAAGUGCAAAGUGGAAACCUCAUUCAGUUGACAAUACCGACGAGUAUAUCAAGUCAAAUACAGAACAUUUAGAAGAAACUGUGUCCAUCGCUUAG